GGCGGGGCUCUGGCUAGUUCCCCUUCCACCUUCCCCCACCUUCCUCUUCUAACCUCUGUUCGGACCUUAGCUCGAUUCCAGCCUUUGCCGAAGCUGCUUCGCAGCCCUUUCCGGGACCCAAACAACAGAAGCCGCUGUUCCAGGAUGGUGAUUCGUGUGUAUAUUGCAUCUUCCUCUGGUUCUACGGCGGUAAGGAGAGUGGAGAGCCCACCUUUGUUGUUUUCCUACACAUCAGUCCCCUCCUGCCCCAGAACCGUUAAAUUGCGUUUUGGCCACAUUUGCAGCAAGACUUUGAACACUUUUAAAAUUAAGAAGAAACAGCAAGAUGUGCUUGGUUUCUUGGAAGCCAACAAAAUAGGAUUUGAAGAGAAAGACAUUGCAGCCAAUGAAGAGAAUCGGAAGUGGAUGAGAGAAAAUGUACCUGAAGACAGUCGACCAGCUACAGGUUACCCCUUGCCACCUCAGAUUUUUAAUGAAAGCCAGUACCGUGGGGACUAUGAUGCCUUUUUUGAAGCCAGAGAAAAUAAUGCAGUGUAUGCCUUCUUAGGAUUGACAGCACCACCUGGUUCAAAGGAAGCAGAAGCCCAGGCAAAGCAAAAGCAGCAAGCAUGAACCUUGAGCAUUCUGCCUUAAACUUCCUGAAAAAGGAGUCUCCAUUGCUUUUAUAAAAUAGCAAAAUAAUCCUGGCUUCAAAUAAAAUAGGCUUAAAAUUGAAAUAAUAGAUUAGUUGAUGUUUUGUAUAAUAAAAUGAAUACAUGAUUAAAAUGUGAAUGUUAUGUGAAGAAAAUGGGAGAUUAACAUAAAAUUUUAAGUAGAUGUCACGGAAUAGUAUUGUUCUCUGCCAAGGCAAUUUAUGUACUUCAGUGAUUUUAAAAAGCAAACCAAUCCCCUUUUUUGGUAUUAUUAUUGCAGAUUAACUAUAUCUGUUGCUCAGCUUGUUAGACAAUGAGGGAUUACAAAAGAGAGAAAGAAUCUCUAGUUAUCAAAUUGCCUUAUUAAUUUUAGUGAACAAGAAUAUGUACCUUUUUGAUGUGAUGUUAUCACGAUUAAAAAAUAGUUGCAGGUGAUGUUUAUGAUGUGUCAGUUGUACUUUUCUACGGUAAUUUUAACAUUCCCAUUCUUUUAUAGAUGAAACUUCUGUGUACUGAACGACAGGUUUUCCAAGCUUUUACAUGUAGCCUUUUAUUGCAUAUGUCAGCAAUCAAAAUAAAUGUCCUCUCACAAGAAAGCAA